GCUCCUUGAAGAACGAACGGGUAAACCGGAAGUGGGUGAUCCGGCAGCCCCUCCACAGACAGACAAGAUGGACGCGGGGUUUUUCCGCGGAACAAGUGCAGAGCAAGACAAUCGCUUCAGCAACAAACAGAAGAAACUCCUAAAGCAGUUGAAAUUUGCAGAAUGUCUUGAGAAAAAGGUGGACAUGAAUAAAGUGAACCUAGAAGUCAUCAAGCCGUGGAUUACACAGAGAGUGACAGAAAUGCUUGGGUUCGAGGAUGAUGUUGUUAUUGAGUUCAUCUUUAAUCAUCUUGAAGAGAAGAACCCAGAUGCAAAGCUGAUGCAGAUUAAUUUGACGGGGUUUUUGAACGGAAAGAAUGCAAGAAUGUUCAUGGGGGAGCUUUGGCCAUUGCUCUUGAGUGCACAAGAAAACAUCGCAGGAAUUCCCUCUGCCUUUCUAGAACAAAAGAAAGAAGAAAUCAAGCAGAGACAGAUUGAACAGGAAAAGCUAGCUACCAUGAAGAAACAAGAUGAAGAGAAGGAAAAAAAAGACAAGGAAGACAAAGAAAAUAGAGAAAAAAGGGACCGUUCCAGAAGUCCAAAGAGGCGUAAGUCAAGAUCUCCAUCCCCGAGGAGGCGGUCCCCAGCAAGGAAAGAACGAAAGCAUUCUCUUUCCAAGUCUCCUCGUCGUAGGACCAGAAGCCGGAGCAGAAGUGCUUCUCCAGUGUCUAAUAUUAAGAAACCUGAACAGCUGUCACCUGAGCCAGAUCUUUCACUAAAAGAAAGGAAAGAAUCUCCUGCUCCAGAGGCAACUUCAACAAGUGAUAUUCUGAAGGAAAUCAAACCUGUGAUACCAGAGGUGAAGGAAAUUUUAUUAGAACAGUCGACAAAAAAGGAGAAGGAAAGAAAAGAAAGGAAUCGACAUCGAUCACGGUCGCGGUCAAAAUCAAAGUCCAGGUCCCGUUCACGCUCUCAUUCACGGGCAAGAAGGCGUCCUCGGUCUCGAUCAAGGUCGUAUUCACCUCGAAGAUGGCCCAGUCCAAGACGGAGGUCACCGCCUCCUCGAAGGAGGAGUCCACCAAGGCGUCUGCCGCCACCACCCCCUCCAUCCAGGCAUAGGAGGAGCCGGUCACCUAUUAGAAGGCGCCGAUCUCCUUCAAUUUCUUCCUCUGGCAGUAGUUCCUCUUCCUCUUCCAGAUCGAGGUCACCUCCAAAGAAAACAAAACGCUUGUCAAUCAGUCCACCCCGAAAACCUCGCCGUUCUUCUCCAUCUCCUGCUACUCCACCUAGGAGACGACAUAGGUCACCAGUGUCUACAACAAGUCCAAGUCAUAAAGGACCACGGUUGUCAUCUCCUCCACAUAUGAAUCGUUCAAGGAAAGGUUAUACUUCUGUAUCUCCUGCUAGGCCAGCACCUAAACGGAAAGGGAGUGUGAAGCAUGAAUCUGUUUCGCCCCCUCCGAAACCAAGACGAUCAGAACCAUCAGACUCGGAAGAUGAUAAAGGAGGUAAAACUGCAGGAGUGGAAUCAGUGCAACAGAGACGCCAGUACCGCAAACAGAACCAGCAGACCUCUUCAGAGUCAGGAUCUUCAUCUUCAUCUGAAGAUGAAGCCCCAAAACGGCCAAGUGCAAAGAAUGGUGAAGUUCGAAGAAGGCGCCAGCGUUCGUUGUCGCGGAGUAUAUCCCCACCCCCUGCAAUGCGAAAACGACACAAGGAUUUUUCACCCAGGAUGCCGCUCGGAAAGAGGUGGCACUUCCCAGUGGCGAAAAGGAGAAGGAGAAGCCCAUCACCGCCUCCAAGACGCCGCCGAACUCCAUCUCCUCCUCCUCCUCCUCGAAGGCGCAGGUCACCAUCUCCUUUGAGGCGCAGAUCUCCAUCUCCACCGCCACGUAGGCGUUCAGCCUCACCUAGGCGCUAUUCUCCCCCAAUUCAGAGGAGAUAUACUCCUUCACCACCACCUAGAAGGAGAGGAUCCCCAUCACCAGCUCCAAAGCGCCGUAGUUCCCCUUCUCCCUCAUCCAGGCGUAGGAGAGGAUCACCACCGAGUCGUUCCAACAGAGAUGUUCGCUCUCCUCCACACAAACGCCAUUCACCAUCCCCACGACCAAGGGUGAUGCGUGGAUCUAUUAGCCCACCACCAGCACGAAGAGUGUCAGUAUCACCGCCUCCACCACAACGACGUCAUAUGUCACCAUCCCCUAGUAAUAGGCCAAUUCGGCGAGUUUCACGGACCCCAGAACCCAAGAAACCCAAAAAGAUCACACCAAGUCCACUAGCUGUAAGAAGAGCUUCUUCCUCCAGAUCCAUAUCAAGAUCACCAGAACCUCUUCCCAAGAAGAGGCCAAUUACUUCAGUCUCCAGGUCACAAUCUGUCAGCAGGUCACCAACUCCUGCUCCCCCUCUACCACAAAACAAAAAGACAACGAGUGCUUCGGUUAGUCCAUCCCCAAUGAAGAUCUCUGAUCAGGAAACUGGAGGAAAAAAGAAGAAAAAGAAGAAAGAUAAGAAACAUAAGAAGGACAAAAAGCACAAGAAACACAAGAAGCAUAAGAAAGAAAAGGCAGCUGUGUCUGCUGCAGUUGUAGAACAAACAGUAGAGCCAGUUGAAGCUCCAGCAAAGUCACCCCAGCCAGAAUCUUCAGAACCUGUAAAGGAAUCGGAAAGUGAAGAGGAAAAUUUAGAUGACCUGGAAAAGCAUCUCCGAGAGAAGGCUCUACGAUCAAUGCGAAAGGCUCAAGUUUCACCACCAUCAUGAAGGAGAGUGCAGAAUAUAUAUAACUUAUGGAGCUGAUUGGAUUAGGCACAAGGGCUUUGUACAUUUUAAAAUUGACUGCUAGAAUAAUGCCAGUAUAUUGAAAUGGCUGUCAUGCCACUCAUGAACACUGACACUGCCUCUUACUUAUACCAGAAAUAAUUUUUCAUAGUCAAAUUGAAAUGUUUUAUUACAAAUUUAGACAAAAUUCCAACAUGCUUUCAUUUUCACAACUAUGUAUCAUUUUAAAUGCAAUAAUACUUGAAAGGCCGAUGAUCUGGAUGGUUUGAUGGUUGGUUUUAAUCCUGGAGCUGUACUUUGCUUAUCCUCAUCGACCAUGAUUGGCUGAGAUUCAUUUUUUCCUAUCUGACCUUAAACAGCUCUGAUCCACGGAGCUGUUUCAUUUCUUCCAUCAACGCAACAACGUACAUGCAUGGUUGCUGCCAGCUGAUCCUGGAAUAGAGUGAUGAAAAUCUUGGGGAAAGCCUGUGACUCAAAAUUUCCUGACUCCUUUUGAAUGGUCUGUUUGACAGUGAGAAAUCCUUUGUGGGGGAACUGGUUUUGAUAAAAACUGAUUUGUAUGGAGUAAGUUGUGAAUUUAGAGUGAACCAGUUUUCAAAUUCAGCCGUAAGGUAUGCUGGAUUUGCACUGAAUUUAUACUGUUUGUGAUGAAACAUUUAAUGUGUUGGUACCUUUUUCUUUCUGUUUUGCAGUUUUGUCUUGGCUGCCAUUAAUGGUAUUAUGUGACAUCAUUUAUGUAACUGUACAAAUCCUUUGUGUUUAAUCCACUGAUGCAAUCUGUAGUGUAGUUUCUGCAGUUUGAGUUUUAUUUGAGCCGUUUGAUUGUCUACAACAUUCUUUAUAAAGAGCUUCAGGUGAAAAUGCGCUGUAUCUAGAACACUGGAAGUCUCUUUUUUUUAAAAAAGAAAUGAAAAUUGUUAUAGGAAGAGGAUGGUACUACCAGGAUCUAAAGGAUUUUAAGAUUCCCUGGUUGACAGUAGCUGUGGGUUGUAUUUUCCUUUGUGUAACAGGUUGGUUUCGCCCAAACUGUUAAUGUCUUCUACUGUUACGGUUGUUCUGGGAGUAAAAACAAAACAUGUUUAGAUGCUGUUCUUUUGUGGGAGCUUAACAAAAUCUGUAAUGAAUAUUUUGAAUUUGUCAUCUUUUGACUUAAAAAGGGUUUUUUUAUAAACGUUGAAUUAUAAAGCUGUAAAAAGCUGAAGUAAUAAAUGGAAAUUAAAUUUCUAAAUUGAA